AUGAUCUUGAAGCCAAUUCCGCCGAAGGAGUAUGACGGAUCUCCUAAUGCGGUAGCGUUCCACCGAUUUGUGAAAGAGGGAACAGCUUACCUAAAGCUCGGCCGCGUCCCCGCUGAUGAACAAACGUUCUACUUGUUGUAUUUCAUGUCUGGCCGUGCACGAGAGUUCUAUAACAGUCGCGUGGAAAAUGAUGAACAUACCUGGACGUUAUCAGACUUCUUCUGGGGUCUAUUCAACUUCUGUUUCCCUGUGAAUUUCCGUGAGAAACAGCGCUCGAAAUUGAAUGUGUGCAAGCAAGAUGACAAAUCUGUAUUAGUCCAUAAGGCCAAGUGGGAGCAGAUAUUUAAUACUAUUGGUCUGGAGGCAAACCAAGAGAAAGUGGUGAUGUUUUGUCGUAGCUUGAAGACGUCAAUUUGCAAGGAAAUGUUCCGCGCGAAUUUGGAUCCGGAAAUGUCGACUUGGGAUGAGGUUACUCGCAGGGCUGAAGCUGCUGAGGUAAUCGUGAAUAUUGACCUUGAGGAUGCCGACAGUGAUGUAGCUGAGGCGCCGAGACAUCAGCCCAAGUGGAAAAAAGAUAUCUUGGCUACAGAGAACGAGAAGCGCCGCAACGGAGGGCAAGCUUUCUCGGUGUCAAGUGCUGCUGUCAAAACUCCAAAGAAGGACCAGAACGAGAAGGCGUGGGACUACGUGAUGCGUGACGGCAAAAAGUUGCCUGCCAAGACUCGAGCUACGUACCUGAGCGAGGGACGUUGCUUCGAGUGUGGAGAACGCGGGCAGUUGUCUCGAAACUGCCCUGAUAUGAGUGCAAUGAAAUCGGAGAAGCCCGGGAAACCACCGGGUAUUGCUUCACACGCGAUCAAAAUUUCGCUUGCUGAGACCACUGAGACCGUGAAGGAAUCCUUUGAUGAUGAAUGA